GCAUCACUACGCCCGUCGAGCCCAGCCCCUCAGUCGGUGAAGCCGGGAGCCCGCGCGCGGACGUCCGCCGUCUUGUUAACCCGCCGCCGUCCUUCAAUAAGAAAACGCACAUUCAAUCAGCAAUAUUUACCCACGGAUAUAACCACAAACAAAGAAUUUGCCAGCAACCCGGAAGAAAAAAUAAUCAAAAUUCUACCUCUUCUGAUACUACUUUUUUGGCAUCGGUGUCAGUGUCAGAAUCACAAUAAUAUCAAAGAUGAUAGACGAUAAUUGAGCAAAAUCUGCCGCGUUAACUUUUCAUUUUCAAAACACCUGUGAAAGUGCCACGCUUGUAACCAUGGAGAGGAUUCACUAGCGUUGUGAGCUAACAAGCUCCUCAACCCACGCUCGUCCCAUCAAUGCUAAACUACAGACUAGUUUCAACACAUUUCUUAAAGCAGCCGUAAAUCGUAUAAAAACUAAAUAUAAUAUUGACUGUUUGUGCCGUACCAAUAUGUGCCGCGACCGAGACAUGUCGGUGCAAAGGAGUGACAUCAUCAAAUAGACUGCGGGAACCUUUUAGACUUUACAUUAAGAUAUAAGUUAAGUGUCAAGUCUCCGUCAAAACGGCGCUGGCUUCCGCCCUGCCGUUUCGUUUUGUUUAUUUCCGUUUAUUUUAUAUCAAAGGAUAAGCAAUAACCCGGUGGUUAAGCGUUUGGUUUUGGAUUUCUGGACGGGGUUCAGCCCGUAGGGGCCCCAAGCGACCUGGCCAGCCGCAGUCGGGACAACAUUUCCAGGAUAUUGGACUCCAUAGUUGGUGCUGCAAGAUACUGUAUUAAUCCUCACAUAACGGCCUUUGGAAAUUGGGGAUUUUAUUUCGAGUAAAGUUUAAAGUCAGAAGCGAACAUGGUACAAUUGGAAAGUAUGCAGGGUUACGGGCACGAAAGCGAGUGCUCGAGCGAGCGGCCCGUUGUUAUAACUGGCCCCGGGUGGCGUGCGCAGUGCUGCGAGCGGGAGCGUGAGCGAGCGCGGAACGCGGACGAGAUGGCAGCCCCCGAGUGCGAGCGGGAAGCGCGCAAGCGACGCGAGCGGCGCGACUCUGGCUGCGCUCACGAGCGGAAAGAGAGGCGGCCGCACAGCGAAGAGCGAGCGCCCCCACCGCCACCUCCACCACCACUACACGACCAUAACCGCCUUGAGUCGGAGCGACGCGCUGAGCGGUUGUCGCGCGCUCGCCGCCCGCAGUUCGGCGGCAAGCGGCGGCGCGCGCCCGCCCGCCAACACAAGCAACCCAAAGAGAACGAGCUCGAAGACGUGCGGACCGCCACCCCGCCGCACUUGGACUUCACCCUGUUGCAGAAACCACAACUAUGCGAGGAGCCAGAGACCCUAGAUGCGGGCGCACUCGGCGUGUCGGCGGCGGAGAACGCGGCGGCAGCCGAGCGCAUGCGUCGGGACGAGCGCAUCGUGGCGCCGCACUCGCGCCGCGACCAGCCGGCUCCCGACCGCCGCCUCGACAAGAUCAACAAGAAGAUCAGCGUGCUCAAAAAGAACAUUACAAAGCACGAGGCCGAAUACGAAGCAAAGCACGGCUACGCCAUCACGCCUGGCGAGCGCAUCACCGACGUGCAACUCACGCGCAUGUACGAGACGCUGCGGCGACUCCAGGCGGAGAAGCGGUGCAUCAAAGCGGACCCUGUCGAGUAUGCGCUGAAGCUACAGGCCGCUAAGCAGCAGAAAGAGAGAGAUGAUAAGCUGGAUGAGGCGCUGAAGAGCGAGAAAGCUAUGACUGAGGUUGUGAGGGAUAUUGAGGAGUGGUUGGAAGGUUGUCGCCAAGCAGCAGGACGGCUCACUAGCGCGGAGGGCUCAUGGACGAGCGCACAGCUGGCGGCCGAGAAAUCGUGCGUGCAGCGAGCACUGCUGCGACUCGAGGCGGCGCGCGGCCGCCCGCCGGCGCACUCCGCCGAGCGCGGCGCCGCCCGGCACCUGUACGAGAGAUAUAGGGCCGUCAAGCGGGCGCUGGCCUCCUCUAGACCCGAUGCGGUCGGUGGAGCGAACGGGGAGUUGGCGACGAUACACGAGCACGAGGCGAUGCUGUUCAACACCAGUGUGGACAGCUCCAGCGACAGCCAAGAAAAACCUUCCGACUCUUCACAGGAGACAACAGAAACGCCCCUCCAGUCGCCACCUACUCGCGACGGCGAAGAGCCGCCCUCCUCCACCUCGUCCGCCAAGUCUGGCACCACCAGCGAGGAGGCCACACCGUCCAACGAGGGCCUGCACUGCCUCGGCCUCGAAGACUUGGCCAGAGCUCUUGGCGAAGCAAAAUUACAGAAAUGUGUAUUGCGAAGGAGCAUAAAAGAAUACGAAAUAAGCUUCGAACUCCAAAACAGUAGGAAGGUCCAGCGCGACGACAAGAAGGGCCGAGAAGAGGAAUAUCUCCGCUACAAGGCAGUGAAGGCAAGAAUUAAACUUCUGAAUGCCCUCAUCAACAAACAAAAGACUUUAAACUUUUGAACUUUGAACUGAAUCUCGAGAAACGCAAAUGCUACAUGCCAAAUUGGCACUGCAAUGAAGAGAGUAGGUAAAGAAGAGUUCUAAGUUUUGGACCCCGACGAGGGUUGAUCGGUUCUGUCGGAGCGGAAAGAUUUAUACACCAUAUCGUCAGGUGACAAGCAAGGGUCACUAAUAACUAAAAAAAAUUUAAACAAAAAUCGACCUUCUUUUAGUACUAAUAUGGUUCACUAUGGCUAUGAACUUGUGACUUUUGUUUGUCACCCGACGAUGAACUCCAAGACCGUCGAGAAUGUGCAACAUGAAACGUUUAAUACUAACCAGAUGCGCAACACUAAGUUAUACUGCGAAACUUAAAGUAAUGGUAUGGUUAUAUAUUAUAAAAAAAUAACUAAGCGUGUUAUGAGUAGGUAAGGUUCAUUUUUCUCAGAACGAGGCAUUCUCAGUACCUAACCAGACUGUUUAGUUACUUUUUAUAUAACUACAGGAAAGUAACCGAACGGUAUCUUAAUUCUGUGUACAAUAAGUCUGAUUUAUUUAAAAGGACUGUGUUUCAUUAUAAUUCUAAAUUAAUACGUUGGUUAGUUGGUUCUUAUAAGUACAUAAAUGUAGAGAUGUCAUUAGGACAAAUAUAAUUAAUGAAGUGGAUCAAGGAAUUGUUUAGCCCAAAGGGCGAAACGGUAUUCAAAGAAAAAGUGCUUCCCUUGAUCGAUGAAAUCCUAUGUAAAAUAUUGGUAGAACGGUUGAGAAUCGACUUGGAAUACCGAAGUGAUUGACGUUAUUGCACAUCCAAUAAUGAAAACACAAUUAAUAAGGCUGUGCGGUGAUUAUGCACUUGCUAAAAAACUGAAAGCGCGGUAUGCAAGACUUAAAUAUUUGUAAUACGGACUCAUAGUUCGUAGCUCGCACGCGUUUAUAGAUACAUUUAUAAUUGAGUACAAUAACAUAAUCGAUAACAAAUUUAUAAUAUCAAUCUCCGCCUUAGGACGGAUCAACCACGGAUCAGCAACUCUAGCGCACGUAGCGAUCAUGAUCAAGUACCGACAGCCUGAUACAUAUGAACAUCAUCAGUUUGUACAUCAUAUGACCAUGACGGUGUACUUUGCGAUUGAAUUCUCUGAUAUUAAUUAAAGUACCUGACAUCACCGAGUGUGGUGUGCGAUUAGAGGCAAAUUUACUACGUUUAAAAUACAUAUAUAGCAAACCAAUAAAAAAGGUAUUCUUUGAAUCUAAUAUGAUAAAUGAUGUUGUUAUUUAAAAAUUAUACGAAGUGUAAAUAUAUACUACAUUUACGAAUAAAAUGUAGCAUAAUAUUGCUCUAUGUUGUACAAAGAUUACGUUGUAUUAUUAACACUUGAGCUGCUGUCUGUGGGUUUGUGUCAAGUUAUAUGUAUUUGCAUAAGGUGUACUUACACGGGCAACUAUUUGAUAUGCGUGACUGCCCGUCAAAAAUAACGGUUAAAUCUUUUACCGUGAGAUCAAAGUAAAGGUAUUAUGGGUCCUGGACAUGAGUAAAUAAUAAAUUCUAGUCCUAGUCCUGCAUUAUGAAAAAUCCCUACCUAUAUAUUAACAUAGGGGGGAGGUUUAGUUGCCACGAUUUAGGCUGCUAGAUACGUUUUGAGGGUCUUCUUUAAAAGAGGAACUUAUUAAAUAUAUUCGCUAAUAAUUAAAUUAUUGAAAGUAAUAAAAAUAUUGUCUAGUGUUAAGCUACUUACCUGUGAUUUUUUAUUACGAUUGUAAUGUUCUUGUAAGACAAGAAAGUCUUUUAAUUAGAUGUUUUUAAUUUAUAGUUGUUAUAAUUUGAUUUUUAUGCCGUUUUUAACUGUUUGUGUUGUAUUUAGAUAUAUUGACAAUCUUUGUGUUUAUAAUUGACAAGUCAAAAGUGACCUGAAAGAUUUUUAAGAGGUGUCGAACAGAUAUCUGCAUUGCACCUCUCUGUGUUGUUUUCUAAAAUCUUAUAAGCAGGUCAAAAUUAUAUAAAUUAAAUAUUACAACUCACUUUUUAUAUAGAAAAACUUUAUAAUGUAUCCGGACUGCAAUUUUUAUACUAUUAAAGAAUAUUAUUAUUAUAAACUAAUGUGUAGCUUGUGGUAGAUGCCUGCAAGGUAUCGAGGUACCAGUGAAAUUUGUACAUAUACAUAUCUUUAUAAAAAUGAUGGUAAAGUACCACUUUGUUCUGUAAAGUCGUUUAAUGUCAAACGAAGUAUUUUAAGUUUAUGUACUACAAAGAGAUCCUUCCAGAUAUCUAGAACAUAGCUCUGGUACCUAGCUUGAGAGAAAACUUUGUAUGGUUGAACGCUGAUGUACCUUGCCUAAUGUUAUUAAAAUAAUCAACCAGUAUUUAGGUAGAUUUCUGUAAAUUGCCAUGAUUAUCCAUGCGAAUAUGUUUAAAAAUAAAAUACUGAUCUAUC